CUUCCUUCCCCUUCCAAUAUUUUUAUUUCAUUUUCGAGUUUUAUGGCUUUAAUAUUUGGAAGACGACUCCGCCCAGUCUCCGACACCACCCCACCACCGUAGGGCAAAACCUCCUGCUCGCUUUCUUGCCCCUCUGCGAUUAUCUGCUGAAGAUAAGGUGGAGAAAGUUAGGUACUUUGAUUUAAUUUUGAGUUGUGGCGUACAUGGAUCCGGCGGCUGAAGAGCAAUUAGAUUUUGGAGAUGAGGAGUAUGGAGGUGCUCAAAAGAUGCAGUAUGAGGGAAGUGGAGCAAUUUCUGCUCUUGCGGAUGAUGAGAUGAUAGGUGAAGACGAUGAAUAUGAUGAUCUCUAUAAUGAUGUUAAUGUUGGAGAAGGCUUCUUGCAGCUGCAGCGUUCAGAAGCACCAGGGCCACCUCCGGGUGUGGGUAAUGGGGGAUUCCAAAACACAGAUUCCAGUCUUCCUGAAACUAGAGAUGAAGUUGCAGGAUCACAGCAGGUAAGCAUUCAUGGGGUUGCAACUGAAGGGAAACAUUCAAAUCCUGAGAUUCAUUCUCCUGAGUCAAAAGAGGGGCUGACAACUGAUAGGGGACAAGUGGGAACUACUGACAUUGCUCAAGCUAGAAUGGUUCAGGGCAUGACUGAUGGUGCUCAAGUAGGACAUAUGGGAUUUCGGGGGCCAACACCUAUCCCCAACAAAUUGGGGGUUGAUUCUACUAAAAUGUCAGGGAAAAUGGUCCCCGAGUCUGCUCCAUUGCCAAACCCUAGCACGGUUGGUCCUAGAAGUGUUCCACAGAUACCGCCUAAUCAGGUGGGCAUGAAUCCUAAUGCCAAUGUGAACCGUCCAGUGGUUAAUGAAAAUCCUAGCCGACUGGCUUUGGAGAAUGGAGGAACCAUGCUCUUUGUGGGAGAACUACAUUGGUGGACUACUGAUGCAGAGCUCGAGAGUAUGCUAUCACAAUAUGGGAGGGUAAAAGAGAUUAAGUUCUUUGACGAGAGAGCUAGUGGCAAAUCAAAAGGCUAUUGCCAAGUUGAAUUUUAUGACCCAGCUGCAGCAGCUGCAUGCAAAGAAGGAAUGAAUGGUCAUGUUUUUAAUGGGAGAGCUUGUGUAGUGGCCUUUGCUACUCCACAAACCAUAAAACAGAUGGAUGCUUCUUAUUUGAACAAAAACCAAGUCCAGACUCAGUCUCAGUCACAAGGAAGGAGGCCUAUGAAUGAUGGGGGGAGAGGUAGUGGAAUGAAUCAACCUGGUGGAGAUGCAGGGAGGAAUUAUGGGAGAGGGGGGUGGGGACGAGGAGGUCCUGGGGGUGGACCCAUGAGGGGAAGAGGUGGGCCUAUGGGAGCAAAGAACAUGGUUGGAAACACUUCUAUUGUUGGAAGUGGUGGUAGUGGAGGAGCGUAUGGGCAAGGCCUUGCAGGUCCCCCUUUUGGUGGUCCUCCUGCUGGUUUGAUGCCUCCUCAGGGUAUGAUGGGUGCUGGUUUUGAUCCGACAUAUAUGGGUAGAGGAGCAGGCUACGGGGGCUUAGGGCAUCCUUUUCCUGGAAUGCUUCCUUCAUUUCCUGCUGUUAAUGCAAUGGGGCUUGCUGGGGUGGCUCCUCAUCUCAAUCCUGCCUUCUUUGCGAGAGGAGUAAUCCCUAAUGGAAUGGGGACGAUGGGGCCCACUGGAAUGGAUGGGCAUCAUGCUGGAAUGUGGACUGACACAAGCAUGGGUGGAUGGGGAGGAGAAGAAUAUGGGCAUAGGACUAGAGAGUCAAGUUAUGGUGGCGAAGAUGGUGCUUCUGAAUAUGGACAUGGAGAGGGUAGCCAUGAAAAGGAAGUAAGGUCAAAUGUGGCUUCCAGGGAGAAGGAACGAGGUUCUGAACGUGAUUGGUCAGGAAAUCCCGAGAAAAGGCAUCGGGAUGAGAGGGAGAUGGAAAGGGACCGGUAUGAGCGAGAUCACAGGUACAGGGAGGAAAAGGAUAGUUACAGGGAGGUCCGGGACCAGCGGCAAAGAGACCGUGACAUGGGAUAUGAGGAUGAAAGGGACAGGGGACAAUCAUCAUCAAGAACUCGAAAUAGGUCUAAAGCUAUGCCAGAAGAUGAUCGCAGGCGAUCAAGGGAUGCAGAUUAUGCGAAGCGGAGACGCCUUCCACCAGAGUGACAGAAUUGAGCAUUUGAUUCUUCUUAGAGAGGUUGCUAGAAUGCCUUGCCUCUAGUAUUCUCACUGCCUUUUGUCUCUUCAUCAGGUUGCUAGAAUGCAUCUACCGUCACAAUUUCUGGUUUUAUUGGCCCCACAUGCAGAGCGUAGCUUCUGGACUAACAAAGUAAGUUCUGCUUGUGUGGGUCAAAUUAAAAUAGUUUUUCCUGUUUGUUUUUACUGCCUUAAGACCUAGCUUUUUCCAACAUUCGCACUGAAGUCUAAAGAUGCUUUGUUCCUUUCAAGUACUUUACCUACUGGUUUAUCCUUUUGGAGGUUGGACUGUUAAUGCCCCAAAAUAUCAUUCUCGUUUUGUUGUUAUUUCUUGCACUAAUCCACUUUUGGGAGAUUAUUUCUUCUUCAGGGCUUGUGACCUUGAGGUCCUGAAACAUUUUGUUAUUCUACAUGAUUGCUUGAGGUGGCUUUUUUUUUUUUUUUGGUUCUCAAGUGUUUUUUUUUUUCUGAGUGAAGCAAUUAACUACUGCUAGAUGGAUAAAGCUGUUAAGUUUUUGUGACUGUUGCAGUUUCCUGAAUGAGUGAGCAGUUGUUUUAACCUGAAUGCUAGCCGUUAAUUGAAUAUCCAGUUGAAAUUCAUCCGCCUUGCAUUGUUCUUUCUGAAGGUCCUCUGCUGGCUUUAAAAAUCCCAAUCUUCUCAGUUCCACUAAUACAGUCUCAUUUUCUUCUAUAACAAGUAUGGUACUAGCAAUCACAUGCUGUAGAAAAUUUUCUAUCUUCCGGUCUCAUCAUUAUUGAUUUGUAUAGGAAUUGCUUUUCUUGAGCUUGGCAUCCAUUCUGUUGUGUGAUUCAGUCGGACCAUCUGAGGAUCUUUAAAUCCUCUGUGGACAAAAGGAUAAGAAAGCCUGGGAGGAGUAUAAUGAAGAUUGGAUGUGUGAAUUAAUAUAGCUCCUUUAGUUGUGGCAAAAACCACUGAUGGUACUAGUGAGGAGCACUUGAAGUAUGUAGUAUAAGAUAUAGUCUUGCUUGCAACCAACUGUACAUUGGGACAAACAUCACUGACAUGUAUAGAUUGUAUUCAUUUGUAUGGAUUUCCUAUAUGCAGUAUGUGGAAAUGGGAAGGUAAAACUUGGAAGUCAGAUGAUCCUUAUAAUUGUUUCCAUCACCCCCCUCUUGCAUAAAUUAUUUGGGAACAAAUAUAAAACUUCAAAACUAGGUCCCUUUUUUCGCACUUAUCAUGUCUGAGACAGCAUACUUUGGACACAUCUCUGAUGUGAGAUGUAAAUUUCUACCUCUUAGGCACUGUAGUUAGAUAAUUUUUAAUGUCAGAAAUUAAGUGGGAUGUUUGAAGUUGAUAAAUCCUUUCUUAGCAUCUUGUUUCCUAAUAUAUUUAAAGUAUUAUGCUACCUUUGAUUUAAGGAUUGAAUUCAAAAUAUGCACUAUUAUGGUAUGGCUUACUAAAGUGUCUAUUAUGUUAAAAAUAUCAAUGAAAUUCAUAUAGAGCUUGAUAUCAACUCAAGAUUCAAUGCUCUAUGUAAUACUCUAUUCAUAACACUCAAAUGUUGGCCUAUUGCGAAGUCUUCCUUAAUAAAAUUUUGAUUUUUGACGUGGGGAUUC